CUCAAACCGGAAAACUACACCCAUCGUUAAAAAACAAAAAUGGCCAAAACCGUUUGACGUUUGUUUGUGCAUUGCUAUUCAUAGAUCGUUCUAGAUCUAGAGUCUAGAUCCAAAUCCAGUAAUAAGGUAGACUUGUAUUGUCAUCAAAGUGAAACGUAUCUGGAAAGUUUGAACAGAAUUGCUGCAUCAGAAUUCGGUCAAAAUUGAGUUACAAGAUUUGCCACAAACCCACAAAAAACAGACGUUGUGAAGUAAAUAAAACUUGUAAAACAAAGAAAUGGCUUUCAAAAGUGAAUUUUAUGGUGGUUCAACACUACUCACCCCUUUGGCAACUGCUACGGGAUUACCAAUUGACCAGAUUAACUUUCUAGUUUGUCAACUUUUGGCUUUAAUUUUGGCCUUUCCUUUCCGAAGUCUGUUUUCACCAGAGAAAGUUGGAGCUAAUACCAGACAUGUUGUUGAGACUCUUGUUGGUGUUAUUCUUACAGUAUUUUGCUUUGGAAUGCAAAUUUGGCAUCUUAUGGCUCAGUCAUUGGUGAGCUAUGUUUUUCUAGCCUAUGGUGGUAAAAAACACAGUCACACUUUCGUGUUUUUGUUCUCAAUGCUUUACCUAUCAAUCUGUCACAUUUAUAGACAAGUGUAUGACUAUGGAGGCUACACUUUGGAUAUAACAGGCCCACUUAUGAUUCAGACCCAGAAACUUACUAGUUUGGCUUUUGCUUUGCAUGAUGGAAGGUUUAAGGAUCAAGCUGUUCUUUCCAAUGAUCAGAAGGAACAAGCUGUAAAAAAACUGCCAAAUCUCCUCCAGUUUCUUAGCUACAUGUUUUAUUUUCAUGGCAUUAUGGUUGGGCCAUUGACAUUUUAUAAUGACUACUUAGCAUUCAUUGAUGGCUCAAGUUUUUCUAAACCUGUUAACAGUAAUGAAUGUGGCACUUUGAAACAUCCAGCAACAGAUUUGAAUAAGCUGGUGUUGAAAAAGUUGAUAAUAACAACAGCCUGUGGUAUGGGAAUGAUAAUACUUCCAAGUAUAUGUUUUCCACCUGAAAUAAUAAACACACCAGAAUAUUACAAUAUGACUUUUUUAAGUAGAAUGCUUUAUGUAUUGGGUGUCAUGACAAUUGCAAAGCACAAAUACUACUUUGCUUGGAAGCUGGCUGAUGCUGUAAAUAAUGCUGCUGGUUUUGGGUUUAGUGCUUAUGAUUCACUGGGAAAUCCCAAGUGGGAUCUUACGGACAAUGUUGAUAUUAGAGGUGUUGAGCUUUCUACUAGCCUUAAAAUUAAUAUUGAAAGCUGGAACAAAAAAACAACUAUAUGGCUGCGACGUGUAGUUUAUGAUCGGGCACCUUUUGCUAACACACUUGCAGUGUUUGCUUGCAGUGCUUUUUGGCAUGGAUUUUAUCCAGGAUACUAUGUAACAUUUGGUACUGGAGCAUUGAUGACAGUUGCUGCUAGACAGGUUCGCCGACAUAUUCGUCCAUGGUUUCAACAAUCCCAAACUCAUAUCUUUGUGUAUGAAGCAAUUACUUUUAUUGCAACUCGAUUAGCCAACUGCUACAUUUGCUUCCCUUUUCUGGUUUUGGAGUUCUAUGCAUGCUUUAAUAUGUAUAGAUCCCUUUACUUCUACUACCACAUUGCCACCAGUUUGAGUUUUCUGUUCUUUUCAUUCUCCCUGGAUCUAAACAAAAAAGGAAUAAUAAAAAGAAAUGACUCUACAAACUAUAUAAAUAAACCAAACCAUGUGAUUUCAUCAAAAAGUACAAGUUUAACUGAAUCAAAACAAAGUAAUAGUUCAAUUGGAAGUGAUGUAAAGAGUGAAUAAAUGUAAAAAAGAAUGUUUCUUUUAAAAGCUGCAAUGUUAAAUGCAUUUAUCAUUUUUUUUAAGUUACACAAUGACUUGUGUUUUUAUUAAAGGUUUGUUUUAAGAUUUUAAAGAUAGAUUUUAAAAACAUUACGGGUAACUAACUUUUAGAAAUGAGGUUUGUCAUUGUUAGAUAAACCCAGACUAGUUGUUCUUUAUAAAAAAAAUUAAUUAAAAAACAUUUUGCACACACAUACAUACCCUAACACAUGGGUUCCCAAACUUUUUUGCCGGGGACCCCCUUUUAUAAAAUGUAUGUGACCCGCUACCCCCAUAGAAUUUGUAAGGAACUUCAUAAACAACAAAAAGUUUUCUAAUAUAAUUUUAAUUUAAAUUAUUUUUGAUAACUAUUUUAAUGCUAUUGAUGAAAUUACAUGCUAUUUACUAGCCUCAAAAUUCAUGUUGACAAAAGAACUCCAUUUCCUUUUUGGUGUGUUCUGAAACACUUUUCUCAUAGACUCAUGACUGAGAACAACUUUGCACAGUAUACUUUGUGGCUUCUCUAUUCAAUUAUUAGAAUUUAGUGUUUGGUUUAGUCUACCAGUUGGCGAUACCCCCCCCCCCCCCCUAGAAAGCCCUUCGUGACCCCGUUUGGGAAUGCAUGCCCUAACAUAAUUAACUGCAAUCUGCAGUGUUACAUUGUUUAAAAUACUAUUUCUGGACAUAAAAUAUUAUCUGAAGUGUUAUACAUUUUUAUGUUUUAUUAAACAGUUGCCUACUACAGACAUGAAAUAAGUUGCACUGGAUAUUUUGUAAACCAGAUUAUCAUCUUGUAUUUUUUUUAUUUUAAAGCAAAUGAUUUGGUGUGUAGAUUAUUCUAAUGCAUAUUUAAGUUAGUAUAGCUUUCACUAAUAGAUUAAUACCACAAUAAGGGAUUGUGCACAUAUUAUACAACACAAACUUUUUUUCAUAUAUUGACCCACCUUCUACUUCUACCCAAUUUGAUUUUACAAAACCUUUCACGCUGGUUGCUGUUUGUGGGGAUUGCACUCCAAUAAUGGUUCCACGAAGGAGAAACACUAAAGCUGCUUGGUAGAUGUAUAGCUAUUUUUUAUUUCCACAAGUAACACACAAACAUACCACAUCCCUAAGAUCUGUUUUCCCAGGCCUGGAUUCCAUCAUAUGAAAGUCUGUCAUGGAGGGUAUCUGUCCAGGUCACAACAAUUUCCACAGAUCACCACUUGUGUUGCAACAUACAAUCUUUACAGCAAAAACUGAUCUUUAUUUUUUUAAUUAUAUGUCCAUUAAUUUUAGAGAUAACAGUUUUUUAUCAUAACUAAAAUAAUUGCAAGUGUAUACCCAGUGUCAACAAAUUAAUCCAACCAUUCAAAAUACAAGAAAUUUCAUACAUUUAAGAAUGAAGAAAAUCCAAUUUAAAGGCAUAUUGCUCUAUGCUACUGGAAAAAAACAGUUUAAUAAAACAUUUGUGUUUUCUUAUUUAAUGUAAGUUUAUAAUAGGUGCACAAUAUCUAAUCUUGUCUUCAGAUGAAUAUACAAUGAAGACUUUCAACUAACAGUAACAAAUUAUUAUGAUGUAUGGUUUUGUCUGUCAUAAUUGAUAUGUGUGUAGAAGUGACAGUAUAAAUUAUUGCUUUGAAUCAUGUUAGGAUAAUCUGUAUAAAAAUACGAUUAUCUUUUUUUUUAUCACUUCAUUGUAUAUUUUUUUUACAUUGAAGAUGGCAUUGUUAAAAAAUCAGAACUUACAAGAGCCAUUGCCAUACAAAAGAAACAAAUCAUCAGACCAGCAUUAAUUUUUUUUUUUUUUUGCAUUACCCAGUGUUUAACUGUUAUAACAAUUAAAAAAAAUUGUCAUCAAUUUUCAUGACGGAAAGUCUUAGAAAUUAAUGUAUGAAGAUAUUAUAAAAACAAAAAGCCUCUGGUAAUACUAUGUUAAUGUUAAGAAGAACCAGUAAAUUAUGAAUAACAGUGAUGUAAUUGUAUUAAAUAAUACAAAAGUACAAUGAAAAUGUUUUGUCAGUUAGUUUAAUUAAAAUUAACCUGUGUUGGUUAUUAUGAUGCAUUUUAAAUUUGUGAAGAUUAUAAAAUAUUUCAUAUUCAUUAUAAUGCUGAAAUAAUUUUAUUGUGCAUAAAAUAUGUACAAAAAUUGUAUUACAUUUAGAUUUAAUGAAUUUGAUGAACUUUUUUUUUUGUUAAAUAGUUUGAUGGUUAUUCCUUAUGUUAAGUAAUAAAACUUUUGACAUACAAAUUUA